AUGGUUGAUCUACUUACUAUUAUUGCAUUCGUACCAACAAUACUUUUAUCAUCAUUAAGAACAGAUGAUGAUGCAUUUGAUAAACUAAAUUAUAAAUAUACAGUUGCUUUACUUGUUCUUUUUGCAGUUUUAACAGCAUCGAAACAAUUUGAUGAUGAUAGAAUUGAAUGUUGGAAUCGAGCAAAUUUUAUUAAAGCAUAUGUACAAUAUACUAAUGAAAUAUGUUAUAUAUCAUCAACAUAUUAUGUAGAUCGGAAUCAAUCAAUACCUCAAAGUAUAGAAGAAAGGAGAGAUAAUAAACUGAAUUAUUAUCAAUGGGUACCAUUUAUACUUUUAUUAAUGGCAUUAUUUUUUUAUCUGCCACGAUUAAUAUGGCGUACAUUAAGUGUUCGUUCAGGUAUUGAUCUUCUUGAUAUAGUCGAAGCAGCUGAUGAUACAAAAAAUUUAAAAUCAUUUGAUGACCGUGGAGUAUUAAUAAAAUAUAUAGUUGAUACAAUUGAUAUGUAUGUUGAUGAUGCACGUCGACAAACAGAUGCUGAAAUUCGACAAACAUCAUUAUUUAGAAAAGUUUUUCAAUUGAUAUGUUGUAUGACUGGAAAAUUUUUAGGCAAUUAUUUUAUUACACUUUAUUUCUUUAUUAAGAUCUGGUAUAUAUUAAAUGUUGUUUUACAAAUUUGUUUACUUAAUGUGUUUCUUAAUACAAAUUUUUUACAAUUUGGUUAUGAAAGCAUUAAAUUAUUUCGUUAUGGACUUAAUCAACCGGAAUCGAAAUAUUUUCCUCGAGAAACUUUCUGUGAUUUUCAUGUACGUGAACCAUUACGUGGUGGACAACCAUUACAACGGAUUACUGUACAAUGUGUAUUAACUGUGAAUCUAUUUAAUCAGCAAGUCUUUACUUUACUUUGGGUUUGGUUUGUUGCUGUAUUUUUGUUAAAUUGUUAUUGUUUAUGCUUAUGGAUUGGACGUAUUGGUUCUUCUAGCAGUCGACAUAAAUAUAUACUUUCACGUCUUACACGUACAUCACGUGAAGAAAUACCACGUUUUCGUAUUGAUUUUAAAGAAGGGAACCGUGAGCUUGGCGAUAGUGUACAUAUAUAUCUUGUACAAUGUUUUAUAACAGAAUAUUUAGAACCAGAUGGUUUCUUUUUUCUACGUAUGUUAGCAGUUAAUGUCUCUGAUUUUAUUGUACAAGAAAUACUUGAACAAUUAUGGACAUUGUAUACAAUAAAAUAUGGUGAAAAUAAUGCUAUAACUGCUGAAAAACUUUUUAAACAAUUUCGUAGCCCAAAUCCUCAAUCAUCAAUAAUUAGUCCACCACGGUCACCUCUGUUAGAUGUUCACGAUGAAAAAUGUGGAGCAACUGAUGCGAAACGAAAAUAUAUGAAACGAUAUUCUGUUAUGGAUACACGUUUAUUAAAUUCAACAAGUACACCCCAAUCAGACUUUCAUCCAACUCGAGAAGGAGUCUAG